AUGGCUACCAACCUCUCAAUGUUUGUUCGAGUCAAUGAUUAUAUACAACGAGCAAAAAACCCGAAAUGCAUGGAUAUAAUCAUUCAAGAACACUUGGAAAUUAUCAAUGUACCUAUAACGAGUACCUGUGAUAACUUUUACUUACCGAAAAACAGAUUGAAAAACCGAAGACCGGACUAUCCAUGUUGGGACGUUUCUCGGGUGGUGCUCAAAUCCAACAACGGCUUGGAUUACAUCAAUGCCAAUCAUAUGGCUGGAUUUGACGGAAGAUGUAAAUUUAUAGCGACGCAAGAACCUAUGGCAACAACUUUCGAUGAUUUUUGGAGCAUGGUCUGGCAGGAAAACUCUCGGAUCAUCGUGAUGCUGAAUGGUACCAAGCACGAAUCACAACCUACAAGCCUCCAGUAUUUCUGCGUGACCCAAGAUCAUACAAUAUUAAAAAAGUUUGUCAUCAAACAAGAAAGCAUUAGAAGGGAAUCCCAUUACGUGUACACUAAGUUGAGCAUUGUUCAUAGUUCGAGUGGAGAAGUGAGAGUGAUCCAUCAUUUCAAAUACGUUGACUGGAUAGAAACUGGCGUUCCUGAUGUAGGAUCGUUUCUUGAUUUGCUGCUAGCAGUCAACAAGCAAGACCAGUAUUAUUUCAAGAAAGCGUUGCUGCCUAACCAACUUCCAGCAGGUCCAAUUGUCGUCCAUGGUGAUAUGGGUGUCGGAAGAACGGCUGCAUUUUGCGUCGCAGAUAUAUGCCUGUACCAAAUCGUAUACACAGCAACUGUGUCAGUGCCGUUAAUAGUGCUUAAAGCCAGGCAACAACGGCGAUUUAGCAUCUCAACUUUGAACCACUACAUAUUUAUUCAUAGUUUCAUCGCUUUCUUUCUGGUCACUAUUAAAUCGAAUCCUGCAAUUUUCCUCGAAUUUCGCUCUCACUUAGGCAUAAUUGAUGCGUAUUUAUUGUCGCUGGAUUUUAGACCUAUUAUGUAA